AUGACGACAACAUCUAAGCUUGGUAACACAGCUUUUCUAGCUGGUAGUAGCAUAGAAGGUGGUGCUUAUACACGUCAUCUAGCCCAACAAGUUAUGCAAGAUUUGGAUUUCAUGUUAGUUGAAGGAACAAUAAAGUCACCUGAUUGUAUUCUCAAACUAAACAAUGCAGCAGGAUUCGUUCAAGUCAAAUAUGAUGAAAAAUUCGUUGAACUAUGUUCACCAACUCCAUUUUCUACCAAACCAAAUCAACAUGGAGUGUUAUGUAUUAAUGGUUUUAAAAUGAAAGAGAAGUACUGUGGUGUUGAUAAAAGUUCAGUUUUUCCAAGAUUAACAGGCACUUCGACCUGUGCAACUACAACAGAUUCCACAAGUACUGAAAUGAAAUAUGAGAGUAUAUUCGAUAAUACAUCGCUUGGUAAACAAUUUGAAGUAACACUGAACACUAUUCGACGAAUGCAAGUACGAGACGAUGUUGAAGGACACCAAUCGAAAUUUAUCUCAGUUUGUAAUGCAUUCCGAAAAUCUAUAUCACAUGUAUUACCUAUGAUGGGACCUAUUGCCAAUGCCGAACGUUUUUAUGAACAAAGUUUUCAGGAUAUUAUUAGUUUGACAUUUCCUAUGUAUUAUAUAAAAAUACCAGAAAUCAAUCAAGUGCGAUUGAAUGUUCUACUAGAGUUUUAUGAAAAAUACAAAUAUCUUGGAAAUGAAUCCAUGUUGGAAGAUUAUAUCGAAUACGGAUCAUUAUCAAUGAAUUAUGAUGUUGAUUUAGUACCAGCUUUAAAACUGGACUUUUGGCCAAAUGAUAUGCAAGUAUUUCUCAAUAGAAUUCAAAAAUCUCGGCCAGAACUAUACAGAAUCAUUUGUGAGCAAGAAUGCAUGCAUGUCAUACCAAAAUGGUCCAACAAAACACCGAACGUAGAUCAAGAACUCGAAUUUCGAUAUUCAUAUUCAGCAAUUGAACGUCUAUUAGCUAAAAAUCGUACACGAAGAGAACAAAUUUUAAAUGGUGUUGCACGAAGUAUCUAUUAUCUGCAUCUAAAAAAAGUGUCGUCUAAUGAAGACUCCAAGAAAACUAUCAUACCAUCCUAUUUUGUCAAAACAACAGUGUUAUGGAUGUGUGAAGAACGUAAUUUUAAUGAUCUUUGUUCUGAGACGGACGAUGAUCAAACUAUUGCUGAGAAAAUGGCAAGGGAAUGGUUGAUCUAUGCUAGAUCAUUAUUAUGUUCUGGUUAUUGUCCACAUUAUUUUAUCGAUUCUUUCAAUCUAUUAGAACCAUGUUCUGAGGCAUCAUUACGUCGAGCAGCGUUUAUUCUAGACAAUGAUGUUAAUCUGAAUGAGAGUAUUAAGAUCGAUGUAUUAAUUAAACAGGACAAAUUGAUGAGUAAACAACAACAAACAACGGAAAAUUGGUUACGAAAUAGGAAAGUUAACGAUAUUUUGGUUGCAGUGAAUGAUUAUCGAUUGUUGAGAGAAAACUGGCUCUGUCCAUCAGAAGAAAACCAUGACGAAGGUGAUGUAUCAGAUUGUUUCUAUACCUUGAAUCAAUUACGAGCACUAGACGGUGAUAAACAACAGAAUUGGAGUACCUUUCAACGUUUGUUCUUGACAACUGAUCAGACAACUUGGUUAGCACCAACAUGGGAUCAACAAGUAGCUGAUUGUUCUAGGCCAUGGAAAAAAACAGAUUUUGAACAAAGCCUAAAUAGAAAUAUUAGUGAAACACAAUUCUUUCCCGUACAGAAUCUACUCAAUGAUCUUAUACAACCAGCCAACAUUGUUCAAAACGGUUUAAUGACGUCUUGGAUACCUAUGUUCACCUCUUCCUACUUCAAUGCAUCAUCAAGAAGUGUACCAUCGAUCCGACAACGUUCAAUCAUUGAUAACCAUCCAACAGGACCACUACAAGACAUUCUACAAGGCCGUUCAUGUCCAACACCGUUAGAUUCUGAAUCAUGGCAAACAUAUCGACAAUAUGCUCAAAGUGUUUCAUAUCGAUUUCUGGAUCUUUUAAAUGAUGCUCCCGAUGGUGAUAUGACAUUGGAAGAUCUAUUGACAUAUUACAACCAGCCAUCCACAACAACGCAGCCUAUAACGACAUCAUCCAUCGAAGAACAAAUUCUCUCAUAUUCGACGAAUCCGUAUUCAGUGAAUAGAGAAAGUAUUACAUUAAUUGUUUUUGAUCCUGAUCGUGCUAUAAAUAAUAUGACAGAUGAUGAAUAUCGUACUAUUAAUGAUUAUGUGUUAGUUUAUAGAGAGAAAUCUCAAUUACUUACUUAUGUACGCUCGAUCAGUGAAGAAUUCAUUUUCAUAAUCCUUUGUCAGUAUGCGUUGGAUGAAGAGUUUUUAACUCAAUUGAAUGAUUUGAAUCAAAUUCAUUCAAUUUUCAUCUAUUCUACAAAGCAAGAAAUCGACAAUUAUAAACUCAAGAACAGAUAUUCAAAAUUACUUGAUAUCUUUACAGAGCAAAAUAUGUUAUUUGAACAAGUACGGAUAAAAAUCCAACAACCAUUUGCACUACGGUUAGGGUUUUAUGAUUCAGAGCAGAAAUUGACAAAAAAUACAAAACUAUCAAUAGAGAGCACCAUAUUUCUCUGGAAUUUGUUAUUGAAAGAUCUAUUAGCAAAUGAACAACCAAAAGACAAAAGUUUUCUCAUUCAAGAUUGUCAAGAAUAUUAUUGUCGAAAUAUUAUAGAAAUGGAAAAUAUCAAACGAUUUGAAAAGACAUACGAUCAUUAUAAUGCCCAUGAAUGGUAUUCGAAAUCUUGUUUUGUUUCUAAACUUCUUACAAAAGCAUUUCAUACAGUUGACAUUGAACGAUUGAAAUUAUUGAACUUUUUUAUACGUGAUCUAAGCGUGACUAUGAAAGAGUCGUCUACAAUUGAACACCUGUAUUUCACAAGAAUAUUACGAAAGACUCAGGUGGAAAAAUUAUUAGAAAAGAUUGGACAACUAAUGAAUUUUAGUGGAUUUUUACUCGUACAUUCUUCAUUCGAUGAGAUAGUACCAUAUGGAAAUGAAUCACAAUUAACUGUUAGUUUCGAAAUAAGAAAUGUGCCUACAUCUGUUGUUCAUAUGAUUGAUUCGAAUACUGUCAUCAUCAAUUUAGGUGUUACAUUUAAAUUGAACACAUUUAAUUUCGAUGAUAAGUUAGGAAUUUGGAUUGCUCGUUUGAUUUUCACUGAUGACGGAGUACAGAUUGCACAAAAUUAUGUAGAUGUACAAAAACAGAUAAUGGAACGAAUGACAUUACCACUCAUAAUGGUCGAGUUACUAAUCAUUAUGAAUAAUUUCUCAACAAUAAAAAAUUAUUUAGAUAGUUUGAAAAAUGAAGAUGAAGCUAUCAUCUAUUACUAUUAUGGAAUCCUAUAUUAUGAAAAAGGUGAAUAUACAUUAGCACUCGAUAAUUUUCAAAUAGCUUAUGAAUUGAUGAAUAGUGAUGAACGCAUUCAGGAUAGUGCUUUAGUCUUACAUUAUAUUGGCUAUGUUUAUGAUAUGAAAAAAGAGUUUAAUGAUGCAUUAGAUAGUCAUGAAAAAGCAUUAGCAAUCAGACAAACCUAUUGUCAGGCGAAUGAUGUACGUAUGGGUAUCAGCCUGUAUAAUAUUGGUCGUACAUUAUUGGCCAUGGGUAAAGAUAGCGAAGCAUUAAUUUAUCAUCAAAAUGCCUUAGCAAUCUUUGAACAGACUCUAACUUAUAAUCAUAGAUUCAUAGCACAAAGCUUACAGACUCAUGGAUUUAUAUAUUACCGUAUAGGAGACUAUCAUCAAGCACAUGAUUACUGUACGAGAGCAUUGGAGCUCCAUGAAAUGAUUGUACUUCGAAAUGAACAAUCCAUUCUUAUGAUAUAA